UUCCUGGGUCAUUUUGGAGUCGGUAUCAUGAGGUAAAAAAUUUAUCAAUUUACAUGAUGGGCUGAUAAGUCUUUGAAUUGUUUUCAUAAUUGCUUCAGCGCAUUGUCCAAAACAGAAUAUCCUUUUUACCCAUCACUAACAUGAACAUAAUCGCGAAGGAAUCUUCAAGGCUACUGUCGGCAUUCAUAUAUUGGUUCCAAAAAUAGCUUCAGUCCAUGCGAUAUUCGCUGAAACGUGGAUAUUGGUACCUUCCUUCUUUAACUCCACACUGAUGAAAGCACAUAUGUCUCCUGGGGGAUCACCCCAACGUCCAGCAUUGCCUUGCAGACCACUCUUGAUUUUCGCAUUAUGUUUUUUAAACAGUGCAAAAUAAAUUCAUUUCUUCAGUUUCUUGUUUUGCAUGGGCUGUUACCCAGGACAUAAAUUUUCCACGUGGAGGGCCACAUCAUAUCUAUGACCAUGUGUAUUGUGUCCCUGAUUAGGAUUGAGGAUGUCUCUGUGUUUUUGAGGCCAUAGCUUCGGCUUUUGCUUCCCCUGUAAUUGUUGCCCCUCCUCCUCGCACUGCCCCAGGUGCUCUCCACUUCGGGGCGCUUGGCGUUGCCCUCGCCCGCAGCCAUGGCGGACGUUCAACAUGAGGAGUCUGUUUCGGAGAUCAAAGAGGAUCUCGGCGGAGAGAUUGGGGCGUUCGAUCCCACCAAGAAAAAGAAAAAGAAGAAAGUACGCAUUCAAGAAGACGAGGAGUCCGAGCCUGUGAAGGAAGUCAUCCCUGAAGGAGGUGUGGAUUCUGCUUUUGUUGGUCUCAAGAAGAAGAAGAAGAAACCAGUCGAAGGCGAAGCUUUGGAGGACUAUAAUGACGGUGGUGAAAAUGAAGCUAAUGAUCUUGGUGAGGGUGAUGAUGACGAGCCUGCUGAAGGCAUCGAACUGGGAGUUGCCGUUUAUCCUUGGGAAGGCUCGGACCGAGAUUAUGCCUACGAAGAACUUCUAGGUCGAGUAUUCAAUAUUCUGAGAGAAAAUAAUCCAGAAUUGUCUACGGAGAGGAGGCGUACCAUUAUGAGGCCUCCUCAGGUUCUCCGAGAAGGAACUAAAAAGACUGUCUUUGUCAACUUUAUGGACCUUUGCAAGACUAUGCAUCGGCAACCAGAGCACGUUAUGGCUUUCUUGUUGGCUGAGUUGGGGACAAGCGGGUCACUUGAUGGACAGCAGCGUUUGGUUGUCAAAGGUCGAUUUGCUCCCAAGGUGUUUGAGGGUAUUCUGAGGCGUUACGUCAAUGAGUAUGUUAUGUGCAAUGGUUGCAAGAGUCCAGACACUAUCCUUUCCAAGGAGAAUCGGCUGUUCUUUCUUCGUUGUGAACAGUGUGGAUGUUCGCGUUCAGUUGCACCCAUCAAAGCUGGUUUCGUUGCCAGGGUUGGACGCCGUAAGACAACGACUUAGUGGGCUUGUUCUAGAUAUUAGUAAAAUGACAUUUCGAGUGUAUGUUAUGAACGUUUGCUCUGACCACCUGUGUCCGACUGGUUAUAAUAUUUGCAGAGAGUGUCCUGAACGAAUCAGAAAUCGAAGCUUCAUUUUAUGUUUCUUCAGGGUUAUGGUUUUCCUCCUAUUGGGAUGUUCCUUCAAGUGAAUAUUUUCUUCUUUAGCAGCAUUGCAGUGUAAAAGUUCAUGAGAC